AUGGUUACGAGGCCAAUAUCCCACCGGGGUGAUGCGAGGUUUACUGCAAGCCUGUAUUGCGGAGGCAAGGUGCCUUAUAAAUGCUUUUUUCAGACAACCCCCGCUUGGUACGCCUGCUUCUUAGUAAUUUGUCCCAGAUUUAAGCGUCCUGCAUACUGAGAAAUCCUUUGCCCCUGCUCUCAACGACAUUUUCGAUCGUUUUAUCUUGUUUGCCGUACCCAAGAAGCGUCACUCGAUCGAGCGACGGCGGCACCGAAAAUUCUUAUCAUGUAAGUCUCCAAAUGGUAUUUAAUGUGUGUAGUUACAAUGGACAAGAUUAGGCUUCGGCAGGAUUUGGUUGCCUGCCAACAUUGUGGUACCUGGCAUCCACGUUCGUCGCUAUGCGGUACGUCUCAAACCGUUUUCGGAACUCACGCGGUAAAAUUUUUGUCUACGUCUUGAAGUUUCCUUAUAGUACUUGUGCAUGCGUGGCUGUUGACAAUCUCUCGUCAGAGCCGACUUAUAGGGUUUGUGGUUGAAUUUUAAUGCCUGCAGGUUUCGUGCGCUUAAGGGUCGGAGUGGCGUCUAGAAGCAGAUAUACCAAUUUUUAUCUUUUUGUCAGCGGCAGGAUAUCUCCAUUGUUCCCUGAAACUUGUGUUUUAUCAAAGACCCAGACAAUUAAUCCCAGAGUAUACUUGUGCUGCUAACUGCGAUGUUGACACUAAAAUUACUACAGGAGAUUAGUGAGAAAACCGAUACAUUCGACAAUGUAUAACUUGUGCACGAAUUGGUUUAUAGUAAAGCAGACAUGCGCAGAGACUGUAUAUCUCUCUAUCCUUCCCGUGUUCCAAUACUAAGCGAAAUCGUGACUCGUGAAGGUGCGCUGCUGACAAGGUUAGACAGCUCUUUUACGCGUGCCACAAACGGCGUGGUCCUAAACUCCAUAUGAACCAGAUUUCGAAGCAAGGACGGGAUCUCGGGCAUUAUUUAAAUGGGGUUGCCAUAAAGAUCAAAUUGAGAAUGAGCCAUUCCAGCCUGGUCUUCUGUUCCGAGUAGGUAUCUGGUCACUUGGCAAUGUUUCAGGGCACAACUGUUGGUGUAUCCCACUAUACUUAGUAACGAAACGAAAUGCUAGAUCCAGACUGGUUAACUCCAUUGUCUACUCUUUCCUUUUUUCUGGUUAAGUCGACUCCAAAUAGGACUUACUGCCAUGGUUAACGCGGUUUAAAGGUGACACCCAACACCUACUACACACGAACCCGCAUUCUGCACAUACGGGGGUGCUAUAAGGGCCACAGUCUGCCCAUGAUCGAAUAGUUUUUGAAUCCCACACAUUCGCCUCAAGCCCGGACUUUGAGGUAGUCGAAAUGCUGCCCGAGGCUUUUGUCUUAGUGUCCGCUGGAUAACGAGAGGCUUGGGGGACAGAAUGUUUUGUCUAUUUCAGAUUCCUUACUACGAACUGUGCAUUGUCAACAGAAAAUAAACUGUCGCUUGUAAGUUGUACGCAACAUGUUCUUCCAGAUCUUGGGUGUGCUGCGAGGUUAAGCAGAGGAUAUAUAUCCGCUCGAUGACUGCGGUCUUCGCACUCAGCCGGCCUCAGAAAGGCCAAGAUGUUCGGCAACUGGCGCUUGUAACGACGCCCUCUUCUAUUCACGAACUAUGCUUCGAAUAUUUAACUGUAUCCCCUAUUGGGGAGACUUGUUUACGUCUCGGUAAAGGGCCGCCGCCUCAUGUGAUUCGGCUACGCACCCGACCGACCCGGGGGGAGGAGGAGCUCAUUCUCGACUCUCAAAACACCUGUCCAAGUUGGUACCGCCGCUGUAAUGAUUAAUUACUCAAGUGGCUCGAUAUGUUUAAGCCCGAGUUGGGGAAAACAUCAGGCCUGACUAUCUUCAAUGCAUAACGAUUCAAUUGUAUAACGAUCGUUGGACAUCUAGUUAGGAAUAUUGGGACACGGACCGCACUUGUCUGCAAUGUGGUGCACUCUGUUGCCCACUAUUCUGAUACUAAUGCUAGCUGUUAUGAGUGCAAGUACUCAAGGGUACGCAGCUCGGCCCUAGUAACGCAUGCAAAGGUCCUGUUCUAGUUCCAUAGAGUUUGCCCACAGAAACCUAGUUUUCCAUGCUCUAUGACUUAGAAAAAUCGUUAAUAGGUUGACGUAAGGCACUUUUAUUACUUUACAUAGUGACUUUUUAAAAGGGUGUGGUACGCGUUCCUUGCAAACUCAAGAUUGAUCGGCAAAAUAUAGGAAUGUAACUUGAAAAAGAAGAAUCCACCCGCAAAAUUUUGCUCAGACAACUGAAUCACUCGGCACAGCAAAAAUAAGUGCAAAAACAUUCAGCACCGACUGUCCGAAUCCGCAUUAAAUCUGAUACCUCAGAGACAUGUACUACGUUAAGGAGACUUAAACGUUGUGGUAGAAUAGGGCAAGUUUACAAAAAAGAAGCAUUUGUGUAGUUGCAGAAAUUCCUACCCGGUACGUCUCGUGCGCAAUCCUGUUGCAAAUUCGCUCUACUUUCAGCUGUCGCUCUGUCUUUAAGUAAAGAUCGAAAGGAUGUUCAAUCUAGCUUUCUAGCUGAAUACUUUCGUGGAUUCCAUUGCGUUGCUGCUUGGUAAAUGCCUUAACUACAACUGCCCCUGUACUGGUCGCUGAUAUUCGUUGGAUGACAUUAAGAUUGAAUUUGUCCCUCCUCCUCCUCCUCCUCCUCCUCCUCCUCCUCCCCCCUUCAUCUUCUUUUUACUAUCAUCUUCCCCAGUGCAGUGUUACGACGAAGUAAGACGUGAGACGAAUGCACUGAGGGACAGCUUACAAGCUUCGAAGUUGGCGGGUCUCUCUCGCACUCAGCCAACUGAAUUUGUUUACGACCGCGAACUUCCCAAACGUCCGAAUGCUUUGCACCAUUAUGUGGAUAGGAAACGGCCGCAGUGGUUUGGCACCGAACUUUUGGGAGGCAAGCAUGACAAAGACGACUCGUAG